AUGCAGCACUUGGUGGGACUGCUGGCUGCUGCCUUGUUUGCAUUGCUGAGCGCUUGGUGGCUCUGGACUGAGGUACCCAGUGAGGACUAUGUUCUGCUGGCAGAGGACGAACGGCUGGCCCGCUUCUCGCGGCAAUGCUCAGCUGAGGUUCUGCUGCCUGAGGACGAACCAAAAGGCUGGUCCAAUUGGUCCAUGCACAGUGCUGUGGUCUUGCUGCUGCAUGGGGAGGUGAGCCCUCUCCAUGGCUGGCCAAAGGAUCCAAGACCCCCACCGAGUUGGGAUUGCCGCCCGGCGGAUCUACCCCGACAUUGGCGAAUCAACAGCCGGGUCCACUUCCAAGUCGUGGCAGAGGACGGAGAGUUGCUGGAGAGGUCCUUCGAUCCUGAACUGGAUGCCAAUGCGAAAGAUUUAGAUGAGCCCUGGGCCCAUCGCAGCUGUGCAGCUGACCAGCUCACCGCGGACGGGUUCAAGCAGGCGGUUCUCAACGGUCGGCGCUUGGCUGGCCGCUAUGGCGAGACGUUGGCCUCGGCCACACUGGAGGCAUACAGCAUGGACACGAAGCCUUGCCUCACAACAGCUGUGGGCAGCUUGCUGCCGUUGUUGCCAGAGAUGGAAGGAACAGUUUCCAUCCGAACCCUGCCCGCCACGGCAGCCAGUGUAGAUGUCGCUUCUCAACUUCGGGCCAGUGACGAUUUGCUGGCAAGGUGGUGUCACCACGGCAGCUUGCCCUGUGACACCCAGAGUUGCACUACGCCAGCCGGUGCUGCGGCUAUGAUGUCGCUGGCAGACAAGCACCUUUGCACCCUAGUAGAUUCCAGAAACGAUGGCUUGGCUCAGUGGCUUCGACUUGCCGCAGGGGCCUCGCGCUUGACCCUGCUGAGCCUAGACGUGUCGCAGCUGGCCGUGCACCUCAUGAGCCUUGGCCUCACUUGCCGUGGUGCUGUGGCCGAGGGCGAGUCCAUGCGGCCGCCCCGUGGCUCGAUGCUGCUGCUGGAGCGAUGGAGGAGGCACUCAGAUGCCCGCUGGCGCGUUCUGUGGAACGGUGUGGAUGUGAGUCAAGAGCUUCCGUGUGGAUCGACUGAAGGGCUUGGCUGCCCAGAAGCGGCGCUACUUCGGAUGCUGGAGGGCGACAGAGUGCCUUCCAACGGGUAA